AUGGUCGCCGAGCUCCAGGCAGUUUUUCCUCAAGACGGUGGUCGAAGGUUGCUGGUGCCGCCUGGCCCCUCUCGACCAUCGUCGCGCGCGUCCACCGCAUCCAGAGGCACUCCAAGGGGCAAGACUCUGAAGGCGGUCCUUGCACUUCCGAGCGCAGCCCCAAAGGCCCCCGCGAAGGAGACCGUGGCCGGCGUGGCCGCCGUUUCCGCCGUGGUGCCGCGAGAGCGAGAGGCGCCGCCGACGCCGCGCCUCGGCAGCGAGGCUUCUGACGAGUUGGCUGCCAGCAUCUCGGUGCUGGAUGUCGCCGGAACCGAGGAUGUCUCGAGGGAGGCGUUGGUCAGUGUCAUGCAUCCUCCGUCUUCGAUUGCAGACCAGGGCCGACAAGCUGUCUCCGACCUCUUCGCCUGGAUGCGACCACUCAGGAGUGGGAACUACGCUGCCAAAGGCUUGACCCGACUUGCCUUCGAGAUUGAGGAGAGAUCACAGGAGUGGAGCGCCUACCUGGGAGGUCGUUGCACCAGGAAGGAGUCCCUGGAUGUGGCUGCUGGGGAAGCAGUGCCGCCAAAAGACUUCUCGUCAACGGCGGAAGCAGCAUCCCUGAUGCUUCGGGUAGUUCGGGCCCUGCCCCGGGGCUUCGCGCUGCGCACGAUGCUCGAGCCGCUGCUGCAGGAGCUGAUGGAAGCAAUCUUCUGUGAGUGGCCCAGGACCCUGCCGUCCCUGCAGGAUCUCAGGGAGGAUGAGCUCUGGCCCGAACGGCUCGGCCAGCUGAGCACCUACGCGCAGCUCGUCUCGGGCUACCGUGCAGGCCUGGAGGAGUCGAAGGCGGCCCAGAAAAUUCUGGAGGAGCGGGAGCAGGAAGCGUCAGCUUUGGCGAAAUCCAAGUCGAAAGCUUUCGAGGACCUGCGUGUCCGCAUUCGCCGGCUGGAGGACGAGAGGGACAAGGCCAAGGCGGAGAUGCAGCUCGCGAAGCGGGGUUGUCAGGAAGCCGAGGAGAUGUACGAAACCUUCAAGCAGCAGACGAAGCUGGCGCUCAUCGACUACUCCGAUAUGCAGUACCGCGAGGCCACGAUCAAGGCAGACUUGAGUUCCCUCAACAUCCUGUGCAGAGAGAAGGAUAUCGCCAUCCAAGAUCUCCGGAAUCAAGUGACCUUGUUGACACAAGAGACCCAGAAUUUGGAGGAGAAGCUGCUGAAGGCAAGGGAGGAGCUCGAACGUCAAGCUGCGGCGGUGGAGCAGCUGCCGGUUCUGACUGACAAACUCCAGUACUACGAGCACCAAGAGGGGCUGCUUGGUGUGGCCUUUGCGGAACGUGUGUCGGAAGAGGUCCUUGGAAGGAGCCUCGAAGAGAUCGUCGGGAAGCUGCCCAGCAGCCUCACGAAGGAGCGCAAGACUUCAAUCAAGCUGGAAGCCGUGAUGGAGGCGCUCCGUGGGGCCCACCGCGACGCGGAGAAGCUCAAAGAGCAGGUGGUGAAGCUCCGAUAUCUUCUGGAGGAUGUGAAGCAGCUCGUGCCCAUCUGGAACGAGAGUGCGAUGCAGGAUGUGGCAGAUGCGUACGAUGAGGAUGCGGCCAUCCACCGGCAGGUCUACUCCAUGAGCGACAAGCGCAGCUUCGCAGGGCUUGGAGUGGACGACAGCGUACCUCCCUACCUGAGGGCGGAGGGCUUGGUGCGGCAUCGCUACAUCUCGAAGAAGGAGUGCGAGGACUUGAUCGAGAGCUUCCUCGCUGAGGCCCCGGCGGAUCUGAGCACGCAGACCAUGCACACGGAGCUCUACCAACACAUGCAACGGCAGUUCACGGAUCCAGAGGAGCUGACGGAGUUCGCUUAUGCCUUCAUCUGCAGCCUCGAGGCCUACAGGGACGACCCGGACUUCGAGAUGUUCGACUUGAUGCUGGCCGGGGCCGUGCAUCCCUCCAUCAUGCAGGACCAGGAGACCAUGCUCAAGGAGCUGCAGAACCUGGUCCACAACUGCGCCGACGGCAACUUCGAGGGAGCGGGCCACGGGCGGCAGAGGAGCACGCUGACUGGGACCAAGGCCUCUGGGCGAGACCAGGUGUCGCGCCGCAUGAUGCGUGCGGUAAUGCAAGCCAUGUUCCCCGAGAAGAGCGUCGAGCGCAUGAACGCCUUGAUGCGUGCGCUGCAUGUCACCCUGCAGAUGCUCUUCGAUGCUGGCCGAUCCGCAAGCCCAGACACCGCGUACGUCAGCGAUCUUUUCUCGGCGACGGCGGAUGGCACGCAGAGUCCCCUCAUCGAGGAGAUGCGCCGGCAGCACCUGCAUGAGGUGCUCGAGUUCACGGCAGAGAUCUCGCAGAACUUGAUCAGGGCUGCGGGGGGCGAGACACGAGUGAACCUCUCCGGCCGCCUGGACACCUUCAUGCUCAUCACCAGAGAGGCGACGUCGCAGACUCUCCAGGAAAUCGGCCUUCCCGACACUCGUACGUUGUCGAUGGCCCUGGUGCCCCUGGCCGCCGGGCAGAACAAUGCUCUGGUGGCCGAGUUGGAAGCACUCCGAGCGGAAGUUCUUGCACAGCGAGUUCUUAUUGAGGAGCAGCAGCAGCGCUACGAUUCCAUGGUCGAGGAUCGAAGGCUUCAGGUGGGCUACGUGAGCACGGCCGACUUCAACACACAGGUCCAGGAACUGAAGAACACGCAGUACAGCCUGGGCGGUGCGAUGGACUCCGCUUGGCUGUGCCUCUGUGGUGCUCUCGUCAUGUUCAUGCAUGCCGGCUUCGCCAUGUUGGAGACGGGCAGCUGCCGCGCAAAGAACGCAUCCAAUGUACUCAUGAAGAACUUGGUCAAUGUUACGGUGGGUACACUGGGAUGGUGGGCCUUUGGCUGGGCCUUUGCCUAUGGCAACCAGGGUGAUCCAUCUAACGGUUUCAUCGGGACCUCUGAGUUCUUCGGCGUGGGAUUGUACACCAAAGUUGCGGACACGGAUGUUAUCACGCCCCUGGCAUCCUGCGAUGCGGACGGAUGCCAGAGCAAGAUGCUGAGCUGGUUCUUUCAGUGGGCAUUCUGCACGGCAGGCGCUACCAUUGUGAGUGGUGGCGUGGCCGAGCGAGUGAAGAGCCCCACAUACGCGGUGUAUGCCUUCUGCAUGACCAGUUUCAUUUACCCGGUUGUGGUCGCAUGGACGUGGGGUUACGGCUGGUUGGACUCAGUGUUGGACGUGGGCUACAUGGACUUUGCGGGCAGCGCCAUCGUGCAUUUGACGGGUGGCGUGAGCGCCCUGGCUGGCACCGUUGUGCUUGGCCCACGGAAGGGUCGCUUCGAGAACCCGGAUGAGUUCGAGUGCCACAACUUGCCCCUGGUGGUGCUGGGCACCUUUGCGCUCUGGUUCGGAUGGUACGGCUUCAACCCGGGCUCCACACUUGGCAUGCACACGGGAGACACCGGGGCAAUGGCCGCACAAGUGGCCAUGAACACCACGCUGUCCGCUGCCACCGGUGGCAUCACCGUCUUUUUGCUGCGCUAUGCCAUCAUGAAGAAGUACGAUGUGGGUGGUCUCUGCAACGGCAUUUUGGCUGGUCUUGUGUCCAUCACCGCUGGGUGUGGCAACGUGGAGUGCGGCAGUGCCGUCGCCAUCGGCUUGCUUGGUGGCCUCGUGUACCAGGGCUCGUCCAUGCUGUUGCAGAAGCUGAAGAUCGACGACCCGGUGGAUGCCAGCCCUGUGCACGGCUUCUGCGGCAUCUGGGGCGCGCUUGCAGCUGGGCUCUUCGACUGGGGCAAAGGCUUUGACCACUAUCACGGUUGGUCCGGCUUCGGGUGCAAGCCAGUGAGCGACACUGACUCAACGUGCAUGACAGGCAUCGGUGGCACUGCCAUCGCUGCACAGCUCAUCAUGAUCCUCGUGAUCAUCCUUUGGGCAGGAACCCUGUCGGGUCUGGCUUUCUUCGCCCUGAAGAUGACCGGCUUGCUGCGGAUCGACGAGUACACGGAAGAGGUCGGCAUGGAUGUCAAACAGCACUCGCCACCGAAGGCCUAUGCCAUCGGCACAGGAUCCCCUGCAAGCCCUGCGGGUGAGGUUGAGAAGACAGUCUAG